ACUCCCAGUUUAAACAUCACUCUCUAUUCUGAAAUAAAUCAGCCACUUCUGGAAUAUACUCUCAUUUUUAAACUGUCCCCCAGUUUAAGCUUCAAGAUGAGAUUUUCUAUCCACUGGAGUCGGCUUGCAGCGCUUUUAUGUGCACUUUGGAUGGGAGCUGGUGUUCGAUGUGCUUGCCCUGAGAGUAAUUUGCAAAUGCAAGGAGGGAAUUACACACUGAGUAACAACCUGGAGGGAGGCAGCAUGUUGGUAUACCACUGUCCUGAGGGCUACUAUCCAUACCCAGCAUUAACCCUCUUAUGUCAGGCUAAUAACUCCUGGAGACCAAAACCCAAAAGAGCUCAGAGAUGCAAGCUGAUUGAAUGCCCAGACCCCAAUGUGCUGGAGUACGGAAGUGUCUCCCCCCCUCAGGAGAAGUACUAUGUGGACAACGAGACCACGUAUGAGUGCUACUCUGGAUACACAAUGCAAGGCUCCACCACACGCGCGUGCUUAAAAAAUGGGAAGUGGAGCGGCUCCACUCCAAUCUGCAGGCGUGACUCUGGGAAUCGUUGUCCUAAUCCUGGUAUCCCACCUGGUGCCUCAAGAGUGGGGAAUAUUUUUGGAAUUGAUGACACGGUGAGAUACACCUGCAAUGGAAACCUGUUUUUGGUGGGCUCCAGUGAACGAGUGUGUCAGCAGACCGGCGAGUGGACUGGCAAUGAGCCAGCAUGCUACUAUAAACACACCUUCGACACACCACUGGAGGUUUCAAAGGCAUUUGGCAAUUCAAUUAAAGAGAGCCUGACCACUUUAGAGUCCACAGAGGAAACACAGGAGGGCAGAAAAAUCAGGAUUUCAAAAAAUGGCACACUUAACAUCUACAUUGGUGUGGAUAUUUCUGACAGCAUCAGCGAAGAUUAUGUCAAUAAAUCCAGAGACGCUGUGGUGAAACUCAUCACAACGAUUGCCUCCUUUGCCGUGACCCCAAACUACGAAAUCAUCUUUUUCUCCUCUGAACUCUAUGAAAUUGUCAACAUUAUUGACUUUAUGGACGGCACUGCCAAACUAUCAGAUGUCAAAACUAAAUUAGAAGAAUUUGAUAUUGGUGACAGAAACAAGGGAACAAAUCUGAACCUUGUCUUUGAGGAAUUCUUGGAGAAAAUGGCUCUUAUAAAGUUUCAAGCUGGAGAGAAUUUUAAGGAGCAUCGUCACGUCAUCAUCGUUUUUACAGAUGGGGCUUAUAACUUGGGCGGUUCACCAGCACCCACUGUAGCGAAAAUAAAAAACUCAGCGUAUUUGAACCUGGCAGAUGGAUCCAGAGACGACUAUCUUGACAUUUAUAUCUUUGCCAUUGGAGAUGACAUCUUUGAUGAUGACCUAAUGCCCCUCACAGCAGGAACUGGAGGAACCCAUUAUUUCAGAGUUAAGGACUUAGAAAAACUACAAGACACUUUUGAUGAAAUGAUCA